AUUCUUUGUUGAAAGAUGCAGAAGUACCUGACUGCUACUCAAGUUCCUCCUCAACCUCCUAGGUUGCCUGAGCGUGUCGAGGAAUGUCAUGAUGAUGAUGAUUACAUUCCUGAUGGGGACAUGAUUGAAGAGUUGGAUGCAAAUGAAGAAAUAAAUGAUGAAGAAAUGAAUGGUGCAGUGCAAAAUCAUGAGGAUACAAUGAAUGAGGAUCAGAUGAAUGAUGAACUUGGAAUUGAUCCAAGACAGAGCAAUGGCCCAGAACCAACCCUUAAAGCCCCUGUUGAUGCAAAUGGAAAAGUGAUUGUUAGGUGCAAAAGAGGAAUGUUUUUUGAUUAUGAGGUCAGUCACAAAGCUGUUGCUAUCAUGCGCCAAUUUUUUAAUGGUCCGUGGUUGUCAUGGAGGGAGGUCCCUACACAUGCUAAAGUUGGAAUGUGGAACAAAUUUGAGGAGAUACACACAAUUCUUCCAGGACAAUUGCAUCAUGUACAUGAAGUUUGGAACAAGCAUUGUCAGCGACGAUUGACAACCUCAUUAGGGAAGGUCAGAAGCCAAAAGCUUCUGGAAGCAAAAGGAGAUUUAAACAAAGCCCGUGAUAAACCCCCUAAUUGGAUCUCUAGAGAAAAUUGGAAUAAGUUAAUUGAUAUUUGGAUCUCCCCAAAAUGGAAGAAGAAAUCAGAAGCCAACAAAAAUAAUAGAAACACCAUGAAGAACGGUAGCAUCUCUAAACACUGUGGAGGAUCAAUCACAUUUGUCAAUCAUGACGAACGAUUGAAAUUAAAGUUAGGCAGGGAGCCAACAAUAGUUGAAUCUUUUAAUCGGACGCAUAAGACAAAGCAAGGCAUGGGAGGAUAUGUAGAUAAGAGAAGUGAAGCUGUCAUGGCAAAGUAUUCAGCUGAAUACUCCAAAAAAUAUGGUGAUGCCUCCACCUCAGAUGCUCCUCCACGUGAUUAUGACUUGUGGUUUGAGGCAACUUGUGAGACACGGGCUGAAGUCGGCAGGCCUUGCCGACUUCAGUCCCGUUCUCUUUUUGGAAGGCCGGAACAGAGGAUCGCGAUUUGCGAUCCUCUCCGGCUCUUCCGGGGAUGA